AAGUUGUUGUUAGAUGUCGCUGCUUUUUUCACAACUCGAGUGGUGUUGGUCAAAAUUCCACCAAGGAUAGAAGUUGAAUAAAAUAAGAACAAUGGCCAACUAUUUAUUACGCCGUGCGAUAAUAGAUGCUAUUCGUGUCCCAGUGGGCACCAGAGCAUCCAGUGAGCUGGCCAAGAUUGGCAAUCGUGAAUGGGUGGGCUAUGGUUACAAUGGCCAACCGACCUACGUAGACAGGCCUGACUUUCCUCUACCCGCUGUUAGGUUCCGCCCUGACACUCCUGAUGUUAAGGUGCUCCGUGAAAAGGAGAAGGGUGAUUGGCGUAAACUGACAUUGGAGGAAAAGAAAGCACUCUACCGUGCUUCUUUCUGCCAGACUUUCGCUGAGUUCCAAGCCCCCACCGGAGAAUGGAAGGGAGUUGUCGGCUGGUCUCUUGUGUUUAUCUCUCUGUCUCUCUGGAUCUAUAUGGGAAUGAAAUUGUUCGUGUACAGUCCUCUGCCAGCAUCAUUCGAUGAGGAUGCCCAGAAGGCUCAGCUGAAGAGAAUGCUGGACCUUAAGGUCAACCCCAUUGACGGACUCUCCUCCAAGUGGGACUAUGAGAACAACCGCUGGAAGUAAACUAUUCCAGAUGAGUAGUGCUUUCUGGUUAGCUUGAAGCGGACUAGAGUAGAAUUGUAUUAUAAGCAAACUAAUUCUGUAAGAUAAACAAAUUAAAUGUGAUUCCAUCUACCAGC